AACGAUUUCGGUCGAUCCAAAGAAUCAUUUUGCUGACCUUGUCUCUUUUUCAAGUCGCUCCUUUUGAUCCCUCAUCUCCCACACCAGCCACAGUGAUACACACCAUGUAUAUUUCACGACAAUGGCUGUUGAGCGUUCUCAUCGUUUUCUUUUUUGCGGUGGUAUAUUUUUCACACAGCGGUACAUCAGGCAUCCAUUCAGUGGUGUCGAGCAUCAAGGGUUCUUCCCAUGACGGGAAAUGUACAUCGACCCUGGAGUCCCACGUGGCGUUGUUGUUCAAGGAGUAUUCACGAUUGCUACCUGGAGUCACGCACGUUGCCAUGAUAGGCUAUCCGAAUCACAGCAACAAGGGCGACUCGGCCAUCUGGACGGGCGAGAAGGUCCUGCUCGAGCAACUGGGCAUCGAGACGGUGUACGCGUGCGUCGGCAACCACGACUACCGCGAGGCCGACCUCCGCAAGGCCCUCGAAUCCCACGGCGGUCCCGAAAAGACGGCCAUCCUUUUCCACGGAGGCGGCAACUUUGGAGACAUCUGGCCUGGACCCGAGCUCAACCGUGAACAGGUCGCGACCGACUUUCUCGACUACCGGAUCCGCUCGUUCCCCCAGACGUACAAGUUCUACGACGAAAAGGCUCUCGCUCGCGCCCAAAAGGCCUUCAGCAAACACCCGGACCUCCAAUUCACGGCCCGUGACACCAAGUCGUUCAUGGCCAUGCAGAACGACUUUGGGGGCCAGCACCAGGUCUCGUUGCUCCCCGACGCGGCGACCAUGCUGAUCACGAAACCCGUGCCGCCGCGCCAGGUCAAUUCGAUCUACGACAUGCUCUUCCUCGCCCGCACCGACCACGAAGGGUCCCAGGACCACGGGAAGCAGGGGGACGUCAUCUCGGAGCUGCGCCGGAUCGAGGACGUGGACGGAUCGACGCACGAGACCAACUUGACGGUGGCGGACUGGAUCAGCGUCGACCCGGACGGCCUCGAGGGAGCCACGUUCGACCAGCAGGCCCAGCUUCGCGUCAACUGGACGUACAACUACCUCUCCGAGUUUGGCUUGAUCAUCAGCGACAGACUGCACGUGCACAUCCUGAGCACCGUGUGGGGCUUCGACCACGUCUCGGUCGAGGAGGGCAAUUACGCAAAGUUGAGGACGUACCACGAGACGUGGCUGUCGGGGUGCGGUGAUCGAGUGGCCAUGACCCAGAGCGUGAGAGAGGCCGUCGACGCAGCAAAGGCGUGGUAUAAGAGGGGGAGGAAGUUUUGAGGAGCCAAACGAUUGGAUUGAAUUCUGGGAGGAGGUUCAUUCAGGGAGUCAAGUCCACAGCAAAGCUAUUUAUACAGUAUAACAUUCACGUCAUCAACCACGUAGGACUUUUGCAGGACAGAAAGAUAUUGUAC